GAUCCGAGUCCCCGGACGAAGAGGAAGAGGUCGACGACGACGAAGAAGACGAAGAGGAGAACCGCUCCGACGCCACAUUCACUGGAUCCGAGCUCGCGCUCGCACGAGACACCACGCUGGUGCUCCAAAGCAGACGCAUUCCGGCCAUCCCGCCCCGCAACCUGUCCAUGGGCCGGACAGGCGGCGGUGGCGGCCGGCCCCCCGCGGCUACUGCGCCGCAGUCCAUGCUCGCACAGGACCAGGACCCUGCGGAGUACGAGCCCACCUCCUGCCUGGCACGGACACCAUCGGGGUCGCUCUUCAUUCCGAGCGACUUGACCAAGGGCCCCAGCUCCCCGCAAGGCAAAACAGACUUUCGGACGUCAAACAUCAUCCAAGACGAGACAAAGACGAAUCCGGACAGGCUAGGCUACGGCGGCGCGGCUACCGGAGGUGCGGCAGUGGGUGGCGGCAUACCACUCCGCAACCACGUGCGCCACCCGCUGGGCCCGGGUCACCACUUCCCGCAUUCUCGGAUGCACCUGCGCAAGACGCUCUCGUCGCGAUGUUCCUGGAAGUGUGCCGCCAUCACGGCAUUCGUCCUCUCUCUGGCUCUGGUCAUCGCUCUCGUCUACUUCAUAGCAGUCCCUUUUCUGAGCUGGCAAGGCGGUCAGCACCGGUGUCCCGUCGUCAUCGACGACGCGGAAGCGUCCGCUGGCGGAGAAAGCUACAAAAGUACGUACCACCGCGGUCCGAACGCCGACUUCGAUCCCAACAGGGCCAGACAGCGCCGCCGAAGGGCGGCUUUAGAGCAUCCUGCCUCCCCUCCUCCUGCGCCGACUGACAUGCCCACUAACAUUGUCGAAGGAAGCGGCGAAGAGCCGCAGCAUUUUUGGUCCCCUCACGAAUCCGAGUCUAGCGCGCAGCAGCGAAACCGCGGCAGUCGCAGUCCCGCGUACGAGUCCGAGUUCCACGCCGACACGGUCAUCGUGAUCCCCGACAAUCCUCCGGCUACUCGCGUGAGCCGAAUGCGCUGCGUCUGUAAGCGCUCGUUCGGCGAGCACUCGGAGCCGCCUCAUUCCACCCCGCUUUCGUGGCAGGACGAUUCGCAGGCGUCCAGAUCUCCCCCGGUCAAGCGGUCGGGAGCCGUAGAGGCUAGCACUGAGCUUCCGCCUCCUCUGCCGCGGCCCAUGGCCUUGUUUGGUUCUCCCGAUCACAACGCGACCAGCAAUGAGAUCCCCAUGUCGUUGCCCGAUAGCAAUGUGGACGACGGUGGUCCCGAACCCGACGACUCUAGCAUGGACGAACUCACAGGCCUCGAAAAGAACGUGGUCGAACACGAGCGCGACGGGUUUCCGGCGCCUGAACAGGACGCGGACAGCGGUGGCCGCGGCGGUGUGUCUCUGCCUCCUCUUCCUCCUCCCCCACCUCCUCCCCUUCCGUCGUCGGUAUCGUCGGAGAGUGGCGAAGAGGCUUCGAACGAACAGGGACUCUCUGGUGCGGACGCUUCCGAGUUUUUAACCGUUGGUAAAAGUGGACCGGACGGCCCAACUCCGAUGCCGUUCGGUCGCACUGACGGUUACGUGGACACUACUACUAACCUGAACUCGAUUGAGCAUGAUGCCAGCACCGAGACGGACGUAGACCCCCGGCUCUUUGCCGACAAGGAAGCCGGAGGCUCCGGGCAUUCGAAAGCUGUCCCUACCACUGCCGCCUGGUCCACCGAGUGGCCUCCCGAUCUGGGCCCGUCUGUCCUGCCUCCCAAGACGUUGCCGCCGAGCAGCGGCGAGUCGUUCGCCGACAUGUCUGUGGGCCGACGCCACAGCAAGGUGGUCGCCUCGUACGGCCACUGGAACGUGCAGUUCCAUCAACAGGAGCCCGGACUAGUCAAGUUCAACUACACGCUGCCCACGGGUGCCAGCGUGGGCAUCUACGGCCGCCGCAACAGCGUGCCCACGCACACCCGGUACGACUUCGCGGAGAUACUCUCGGCGCGGGACAGGCGACACCGCAAGGCGGCCAAGCAGGAGAGCUUCAGCAUGGAAUUCAUACACUUCCUGGAUCAUGGUCGCUGGUACAUUUCGGUAUACAAUGAUGGAGACCAGCAGCAAGAAAUUUCGUUCGUCAGCGUGGCCACUGAUGUGUCGAGCCUCCCUUGCCCUUACGACUGUCAUGGACACGGAACCUGCAACAUGGGGAAAUGCGACUGUGACCAGGACUAUGCAGGCGAAUCUUGCGCCUACCGCGUGUGUCCGGUGCUCUGCAGCGGGAGAGGUCAAUACACAAACGGCGAGUGUGUCUGCCAGCCGGGAUGGAAAGGCCGGGAGUGCCAGCUGCGCGAAGAUGAGUGUGAGGUGGCUGACUGCUCGGGUCACGGGGACUGCCUGGACGGCGUGUGCCGAUGCUUUCCCGGCUACAAGGGUGCCCACUGCGAGGAAGUUGACUGCCUGGACCCCGAGUGCUCUGGCCACGGCGUAUGCGUGAGUGGCAUGUGCCUGUGCCGCAAGGGCUGGAAGAGCAAUGACUGCAGCGAGCCAGACAGCGACGCCCUGCGCUGCUUGCCCGACUGCUCAGGGCACGGCCAGUUCGACUUGGACCUUCAGCGUUGCGCCUGCGACGACCAAUGGACUGGGCCAGAUUGCUCCCAAGAGAAAUGCGACCUCGACUGCGGCCCCCACGGGAGAUGCCAGGGGGGCGAGUGCAUCUGCAUCGACGGCUGGACCGGACUGAAGUGCAACGAGAAGCUCUGCGAUAUCCGCUGCGUGGAACACGGCCAGUGCAAGAACGGCACCUGCCUCUGCAUACAAGGCUGGAACGGUCGGCACUGCACGCUCGAGGGCUGUCCUCAUAGCUGCAACAGUCAUGGAGACUGCAUCAUGUCUGACGGAGACUGGCGAUGCAAGUGCCACAGUGGUUGGGAUGGUCCCGACUGCAAUGUUCCCAUGGAGAAAACAUGCGACGACCGCAUUGACAAUGACAAUGACGGGCUUACCGACUGCGCCGACAGCGAGUGCUGCUCGCACAAGGCGUGCACGAAGAACCCCCUCUGCUUCGCGUCGUCCGACCCGCUGGACAUCUUGCUGCGAAAACAGCCGCCGGCAGUGACGGCUUCUUUCUUUCAAAGGAUGCAGUUCCUCAUUGAAGAAGACUCGGUGCAGAGUUACGCCAAGAAGGACGCUUUCAAUGACAGCCGGGCCUCAGUUGUCAGAGGUCAAGUUGUGAGUUCCUCAGGAAGUCCACUCAAAGGAAUCAGAGUUGGGACUGCUGGAGAUGGCCUAAUUGGCUUCACAGUUACAAGAGACUCCGGGUGGUUUGAUUUGAUGGUCAAUGGUGGUGGAGCAGUGACGUUGCAGUUUCGACGGGACCCGUUCGAUCUUCACGAGCGAACUGUAAUGGUGCCUUGGAAUGAAAUAGUUGUCAUGAACAAGGUGAUCAUGAGCCUCAGCCAGAACAAGGCGCUUGAGAACAGAGGCCUCGCCUGUACCGACCAUGACUACGACACCAUGAGGCCCGUCGUACUGGCCACCUGGAAGCAUGGUUUCCAAGGUGGAUGUCCGGAGAGAAGUGCCGUCCUAGCCGAAUCGCAGGUCGUGCAAGAAAGUAUUGCCAUACCUGGGACUGCCCUGCACCUCGUCUACCACAGCAGCAGGGCCGGAGGCUAUCUAUCCACCAUACAACUCCAGCUGACUCCCGAAACCAUUCCGUUGACUCUGAGGCUGAUCCACCUCAAGAUAUCGAUAGAGGGCAUCCUUUUUGAGAAGAAGUUUGAAGCUGACCCAGGAAUCAAAUUUACUUACGCCUGGAACCGCAGGAACGUCUAUAGGCAAAAAGUUUACGGAGUUGCUGUGGCAACAGUGUACGUCGGUUAUGAAUACAGCAACUGUCCAUCGGUAAUAUGGGAAGUGCAAGCCACACAAGUGAGUGGACACGACAUGAGCAUAUCGGAGAUAGGAGGGUGGAAUCUGGACAUACAUCACAGAUACAAUUUUCACGAAGGCAUUCUACAGAAAGGAGAUGGAACAAACAUUUACUUAAAGAACAAGCCCAAAGUGAUGCUUACUGCAGUGGGCGAUGGCCAGCAAAGGCCGCUUCACUGCCCGCAGUGCAACGGGAUUGCCAAAGAACAAAGAUUGCUGGCACCGGUUGCGUUGGCGUCUUCGCCAGACGGCUCAAUUUACGUUGGUGACUUCAACCUCAUUCGACAAAUUACCACUGAUGGCAAAAUUCGCACCAUUGUAGAACUCAGUGCCGCGCAAGUAGCCUACCGAUAUCACCUGGCUGUCGGCCCGGCUGAUGGCAGGUUGUACCUCUCGGACCCCGAGCGGUACCAGAUUCUCCAAAUUGUCACCUACAAGGACAUUCCAGAUGUGAAAAACAACGUGAUGGUUGUUGUUGGAAACGGUGCAAAGUGCUUGCCCGGGGACAAGAUGCUGUGCGGCGAUGGUAGACCGGCGAGGGAUGCAAAGCUCGCUUAUCCAAAAGGCAUUGCCAUCUCAAUGCACAAUGAAAUUUUCAUCGCCGAUGGCACGAACAUUCGCAUGGUGGAUAAGCAUGGAAUUAUUCAUACCCUCAUCGGAGACCACUAUCACAAGAACCACUGGAAACCAAUUCCAUGCACAGGAACAUUCUCCCUCACACAAGUCAACCUUCGCUGGCCGACUGAGCUCAGCAUCAACCCACUUGACAACUCCCUUCACAUUCUUGACGACCACAUGGUCUUGAGAGUUACGCCAGACAAGCGCAUCAAAAUCGUCGCCGGUCGGCCGCUGCACUGUCCAUCAACGGCAGGGCGAGAAAGGAGCGACUUCGCGACGGACGUGUUCCUCGAAGCCCCUCAGAGCCUCGCCUUCGGACCCAACGGGGACCUCUACAUCGCCGAGUCCGACUCGCAGCUCGUCAAUCGUGUGCGCGUGCUCGGAAGCGAUGGCCGCAUCAGCCGCUUCGCUGGCGCCGAACUCAAGUGCUCGUGCCUCGAGCUCAACUGCAAGUGCUUCGACGAAGACCACUUCCUUGCAUCCACGUCCAAGCUGAGCACUAUUUCAUCGAUAACCGUGACCCCGGACGGAAUCCUUCAUGUAUGCGACCAGGGCAACCUCCGCGUGCGGUCGGUCACCGCGUCGCUGCCGAAGCCCAACGACCAGCACCUCUACGAAAUAUACUCUCCGGAGACCCAGCAGGUGUACACGUUCAACCGGCACGGCCAGCACACCUCGACGCGCAACAUCCUCACGGGCAAGGUGAUCUACACGUUCACGUACAACGUGAACACCUCCUUCGGAAAGCUGAACACCGUGACGGACGCCGAGGGGAACAAGAUCUACAUCCUUCGCGACUACAGCAACCACGUGAAGACCAUCGAGAACACGCAGGGGGCCAAAUGCCAGGUGGAGAUGUCGCGCAUGAAGUUGCUCCAGAGCUUCGUAACGCCGGACAACUUCAAGACCGUGUUCGACUACCACGGAAGCACGGGCCUGGUUCGCAGCAAAAUCGACAGCUCGGGGCGCUCCGUGGUGUACGCCUACGACGAGUACGGCCGCCUCACGGAGGCCAUCACACCCAGCGGCCAGACCAUCCGGCUGUCGUACAACCUUAGCACCAAGGGCGCCUCGGUCACCGUCACACGCGACAGCAAGGACCCGGUGUCACUGCUCAUCAAGGGCUCUGACGUCACCACUCGGAUCGGCCUGUCAGAAGAACGGAUCACUCAGACCUCCGAUGGCAGCCUCCUGCUGUUAUCCGAGGACGCGAGCUCACGGGACAUCGAAACUGUUGCCAACCCCGUCAUCACCGACCUGAGCCCUGUGUUGGGAGAGACGUUCCCCGUGCCAGCCAAGCUGCGCAUCAGCCUGAGCGACGAUGUGAUCCAACGCUUCGAGUGGCGCUACUACCUGCGCCGCGAGGGCAAGGCGCGUCAGAAGCAGAUCAUGCAAGUCGGCCGCAAGUUGAAGGUGAACGGCGACAACUUGUUGGCGAUCGAGUUCGACAGGCAGCAGUACAGCGAGACGCUGUACGACCGCAAUCAGCUGGCUCUGCUCACGGUUCGCUACGACUCCCUGGGGCACCCGCUCAGUUGGCAGCCGACGCAGAACGUGACCUCGGUGACCCUGGAGUACGACCGAUUCGGCCGCUUGAUCCGCUGGGAGCGCGGGCAGCUCAGCGAGAAGUACUCGUUCGACAUUCGCGGUCGCCUGGCCGACGUCCGAUACGCGGACGGAAGCGGCAUCAUGUACAAGUACGACGAUGGACCCAUCAGCGUGCCGACGGAAAUCAUCCUUCCCAGUGGCAGUCGGUACAUACUCCAGUACGAUGUAUCCGGAAGUCUCCAAGCUGUGAUUACUCCAAACGGACACAAACACGAGAUAGCCACGCAGACAUCGAUAGGAUUUUACAAGCUCCUGUACCUGGCGCCGGGCGUGGGGCAUCCGUACGUUCUUCACUACAAUGACCGCGGGCAGGUGUUGGCUAAGUUCUUUCCCAAGAACAAAGGCCGCGUCGUCUACACUUACACAGAGGAGGGAAGGCUGGAAAGCAUCCUGUGUGGCCCUGAGAGAACGGAUUUCUACUACCACAACAGCACGGCUCUCAUCAAGAGCAUCACAAAGAACGUCCCAGGGCUGGACUUCAGGGUUGACUACCGCCACCACGGGUCACUUCUCAAGGAGGAACGUCACCGUUACAACAGCCGUAGUGGAUUGGACGGAGCCAAGUUCCGGUACCAGUACGAUCCUCGGCUCUCAUCAGUCGAGGUAGAGAUCAAUGGAAAGAGCACCAUCACGACAAAGUACCGGUACAACAGCGAGUCCGGAACCCUCGAACAAGUUCAGCAGUUUCUCGUGCACAGGCCCAAGCUGAACAGCAUAUUCAUUCAAGACGAGGCAAGGCAGUAUUCGAAGACUAUCGGCACGGACACGUACGGACGGUUGGUGGUGCUCGCCAUAACGCUCUGGAACAAGGAGAUCUUUUCACUCAGCCUGCAGUAUGACAACAGGAGUAGGAUCAAACACGCCCACACCAAAAUAGGUAAAGACCAUGCCAGCCACACCACCAAUUACACCUACACUGUCGAUGGCUUCUUAGAAGAAGUGUCCGGGGCGCAGUCUUGGAGAUUUAUCUACGACAUCAAUGGGAACAUGAAAAGCCUCUGGGAAGGACCGCGACAGAUUUCUCUGCGACACGAUGACGGGGACAGACUCAUCGGAUACGGAGACGUCGAGCUCUACCUUGUGGACGUUCGCGGGUUCAUCGUUCAGCGAGGAGAGGAGAAAUUCAAGUUCAACGCGAUGGGUCAACUCAUACACGCUUUUGAGUUGCACCAGUACGAGGUUCAGUACGUGUACGACGCGCAGAACAGACUCACAGCGCGAAAGGACCACAGGGGAAACAUCACCCAGUUCAUCUACGCUGACCUUCAGCGUCCGAACGCAAUCACGCACAUGCAUUACCCGAAAGACUCGCUCACGUUCGUGCUUAUUUACGACACACUGGGUCACCUCAUUUACAUGCAGCAAGGCAACAACAAAUUCUACGUAGCUUGCGACCACCUCGGAUCUCCCGUCGCCGUCUUCAGCUCUGAAGGAACCAUCAUCAAGGAGAUCCAGCGAAAUCCGUUCGGCAAAGUGACAUACGACUCCAAUCCGGAGUUCUUCCUGCCCGUCGAUUUCCAGGGUGGUUUGCGAGACCCUGUGACUCAGCUCAUCCACUUCGGUGGAAGGGUUUACGACGCCCUUGGUGUGCAGUGGUUGACACCAAACUGGGAAAGCAUGCCGACCCUUCUUCAAAAGCCAUAUGACAUCCAUCUGUAUAGAUUCCACGGCAACGAUCCCAUCAAUACUGCGCAGGCUGACGGUGGACAUCUGAAUGACCUGCCAGCCUGGAUGGCGGCCCUGGGCUACGACAUGCGACGAGUGCUGGUAGCGCCGCAGACCCGGUGCCCGCCGGACACGCGUGUCGGAGCGCCCGUUCCCGAGGCCGUGCCGGUCAUCUCCGGCCUCAGCUGCAUGGCCGACAUCGUGCAGGCCGAGUUCUACCGCUUCUCUACCGUUCCCAAGACGGCAGUGAAGCUGGACAGCAGCAGCUUCCAGCGGCACAUCAACUCGCGCGUAUCCAACCUGCCCUCCGUGCUGGGCGACGGCAUCCUGCUCUCGCGAGGCGACGCGCACCGCGCCGCCGUGCACGUGGUGAGCGAAUCGAGCCCCAUCCUACGCGACGUCAUGGUCGCCAUCUUCAACGACACCCUGGUGGUGGACAUCCACUUCUCGCUGCACGGCCAAGACUCAUUCUUCUUCGUCCAGCCUCAGUUGUCCAAGGCCGAUGAGGACUGGGUCCAGCUGGGCCGCCUGGGGACCAUGUUCAACAUCACGAAGCACGUCGUCGAGAGCGAGGGCGUCGGAGGCCCCCGAGGCCAGGUCGACAUCCGCAUGCACAGCACCAGCGUCGUGCUCAACAUCCGCUACGGCACGUCCCUGCAGGAGGAGCGCCACCGGCUGAUGCGGCACGCCCGCCGACGCGCCGUGGACGACGCCUGGACCCAGGAGUUGGAGCUCGUCAGGAACGGCCACAAGGGCUCCAACGACUGGACCAAAGGCGAGCGCGAGGAGCUCAUGGCCACGGGAAUGGUGGCGCGGUACUUCGGCACGGACGUGCACGACAUCGAGAAGUACCCCGAACUGGCCGACGACCCGAGCAACGUGGCCUUCCGCAAGGAGAACUCAAGGAAACGCAGGGGCAAGACGCGCCGAGCCCGGCUUAAGGCGGACGCCUAGGGUCGCCGCCAACCGUAUUCCUAUUCUUUAGCGAAGGCAUAGGUCUCUAUUUUCAAUUCUCUUCUCGGCCGGUGCGCAGUGAGCGAAGCCGUCGAAAUCAGCGCCAGCUUGUGCACGCCACGAGAGAGACGGAAGACGGGAAAAGGAAAUGUUGUUCAAGAGUUUUGCCGCUCUUCUGCGUGAACCACUCGCGAGAGUGUGACUGAAGGAAAUACUAUUUUGUUAUUGUUUCUUGUGUUCCGAAAAAAAAAAGAACAGGUGCGCAGGCAGCAUCUGGCGUUGUCACUACUAGUCCACCGAUUUUUCUCGGCGUGUUUUUUUCUUUUUUUUAACCCUUUGUUCGCUUUUGUGCAUUCACUUUGGUCGAAGCGCUCAUGAAGUGUUCGUACUCAGCUGUCAUGAUGCACUCUUACUAUAACAAAUGUAAAGAGCCCGCAUGUGAGCCCACAUGACGAGCUCUCACUUGUUUCCAACGAUGUGCAAUUUUUCUUUGUAAUAUAUUAUACAUGUAUGUAUACAUACGUUAUUACUUUCAUCCCACAGCAGGCUCAUAGCAUUCAACUGCCAUCCUUCUUCGACCUGUUUCCAUGCUCAAUUGCAGUUUUAUUUUGCCGAGCUUCACAAAGAAACAAAAAGGUGGCGACGUUUUAACGCGAUGGGCAUUUUUUUGUAAAAAUGAGCCACAUCAGACUUUUUGUACAUACGAGAGAAAAAAAAAAGGCCAUAUGUCCUCGACCCAGUCCAUAAAAGAACAAGGUGUCGUUUCGUUUUCUGUGUCAGAACGCUGCGAUUCGCUGUUGCGAAUCGCAAAACAAACUCUCGGUCCAUUUUCAGGGUAUUCCGUGCCCUAGACUUGGUGUGUCCUCUGGACAACACGAGACAAGGACACGCUGUACAUUUCCUUCCUACGUGGUUUUGUCGAUGUCAAACUACGUGAGCUCUCCACCUUUCUCGAGUGGUUAAGUGUUUCGGACGGGCGUGAAUGACACUUCUGACGGUGCUUUUCGGGAUCUCGGUGGGUUCACUCGUUUUCUGUGUGCCUGUGUUGGUUGGGUUUCCUUCCGGCGGCUCCUCUGCUGGCUCCGCAAAGCCGGCAAGCGGCGGUGUGACUGUGCAGCGAGCGAUGUGCGUACCUAAAUAUGCUGCUUUUUUGUUGGUUUGUGACAUGAAGUGCCUUAUAUGAGAGCGUCCCUUGAUUUGUCCUCUGUACACUGUACCUAUUCUCCCCAAAUUUGUGCCCCACCACCCCUUACCUGGAGGUCUCCGUAUCCUAAGCUGUCUUUCCGGCUCCUAGUUCUGGUUCGUGUUUACCGACGUAUGCGUGCCCUCUGUUACCGUCUCGAUGUAGUAUCGCUCCGAAUCCGCCUCUAAGUGUUGACAGAGCUUUAUGUACGUCGACGUGGUUCGAGCUCGAAGCCUUGUAUGAACAGUCCACUCGGUGAUCCACUCUUUCCAGUCAGUCAGUGUCUCCACAAGCGAUGGAAAGCGCUUUACUCCCCUAGUUUUCUCUCCGUAGCUCACUGCAGGCUCUAAAUGUCCAACGAUUGGUGCCAGUCUGACAAAAAAUAAAACAUUCGACAGAAGUGCUCUCCUCUCGAUCUAUAAAAGAAAAACAAUUUCGCAAGGCUGUUGGAACAUGCAAAUCACUGAGGACAGUUCAUCACUGCUGAGAAGGAGAAAUGACUUUCGGUGCAGGAGCAUUCAGCGGCGUAGCCUCCUCGGCCCAGGUCACUGUCUUAAGAGAGCAAAGUGAUCAUCGUUUGACAGACCAUAUAUAUAUGUGUGUGUACGUAUCGGCACUGCAGUGCGGCUGACAGUCGUGAGAACAAUCUCUGGGCGCCUUUACUCCGGAAGCUCGAGCGUGAUUAUUCGUAUAGGGAAAGGCAAACGCUCCUUGGGGAGAAGGCACGUAGCUGCGGCAGAAAUCAGCAUCCCGGUUGUGGAACAUGUUGUCGCUUAGAGGUGCCAAAAGCCGCGGUCUCUCGAUCGACGAGAAGGGCGCGCCAUUGGAUCCAGUUCUUGUUGACGUGUGCGUGUGUGUGUGUGUGUGUGUGUGCGCGCGUGACAGUGGAUGCGUGCGCGGUUGCUUGUUUGUGCGUGUGUGUUCACGAGGCGUCUCUACUUCUGGCGCAAACUACUGUGCCCCUGGAAAGCGGGAAACAGAGCCACAAAAGAAAGAAAGAACAGAGAAUACGUACCAUGCCACCACGCUUGUCGGUCGAUGUCUCCUCGAUGUGUGCUGCUGCUGUUGCUGCGCGCUGUCUCGUAUUUCGACGUCCUGAAACAGGGGACCCCACGCCGACAUAUCGCGCAUGCGCGGUGGUGCGGCGGGCGCCCGAACGUGUACAUAAAACUGACAUAUGAGACCGUGUGUGGCAUCUAUAUUCCGUGUGAUAACACGCUGUGGGAGAUGGCAUGACUGUGAAAAAGAGUCGCGAUGAGAUUAUUGAGAUUUGUACUUAAUCUAUACUCGUAAAAGAAUAAAAAUGUUUACAUACUCAGAAA